AUGUUUCGUUCAAGCGCCGGAUCGAAUUUGAAUGACACUAAUUUGACGACAAAACAACAAGAAACUCGUAAGGAAAUAGUUACUGGUGUUAAUAUCGAUCCGAAAGAUCCAAAAGCUAAUGAAGCAGCAAGAAUAAUACAACAUGCGUAUCGAAAGCAUCAGGAGCAUCAAGAGCAUCAGGAUAGCUGUCACAAGCAUCAGUAUUAA